AUGGCUGAUUCUAAGGACGACGGUGGAGUUUCCGCCACGAACCUAAAUUCGGUAUCAACGUGGGCCCCAGGUGUGGUGUCGCGGGACCCCAUCUUCCUGGCCGAGAUCCAGAACCAGACAGUCUCGGAGGGCAGGAACGUCCGCUUCGCCUGCAGAGUGGACAACCUCGGCUCACACAAGGUGGCGUGGAUCCACUACGAGAACUCUGCCAUCCUGACGGUGUCGAACCACGUGAUCACCCGCAACGAGCGCAUCACCGUCAGCCGGGACAAGAGGCAGAACACCUACUUCCUGCACAUACGCGACGUGCGGGAGACGGACACUGGCAAGUACAUGUGCCAGAUCAACACCGCCUCCGCCAUGACCAUCGCGGGAUACCUCACAGUCGUCGUCCCCCCCGACAUCGUGGACAACGAGAGCUCCGGCGACGUCAUAGCCCAGGAGGGGAACGAUAUCAAGCUGCGGUGCCGCGCCAAGGGGUCGCCGCGCCCUACCGUCACUUGGAAGCGGGAGGACGGCCAGCACAUCACCGUCAACAAGUCCACCACAGUGCCGGAGUACACGGGCGAGGUGCUGCGGCUCAGUAAGGUCAGCAGGAUGGACAUGGGCGCCUACCUCUGCAUCGCCUCCAACGGUCACCCGCCCACCGUCAGCAAGCGGAUCCUCGUCAGCGUGGACUUCCCGCCCAUGCUCUGGAUCCCGCACCAGCUGAUCGGCGCGGCGCGGGGCAAGACGGUGGUGCUGGAGUGCUUCACGGAGGCCCACCCCACCUCCCUCAACUACUGGACCAGGGGCGACGGCAACAUGAUCUAUGACUCGAUGAAGUACCGCAUCGAGAACCGCGUGGGCAACCCGGAGUACAAGAUCCACAUGCUACUGACGGUGCGCUACCUGGACGAGGACGACUUCGGGACGUACCGCUGCGUGGCCAAGAACCCGCGAGGCGAGACCGACGGCUCCAUCAAGAUAUACGGUAGACUCCGGCCGCCCCCACCAGCCCCGCCCCCCACAACGGAGGCCGAGGUGUUCGAGAAGAUAAACAACCAGGUGUGGGACAGAUCAGAGAACAGAACACGCAAGAGACCGAACCCGCAGGCAGUGAGUGACCAAAACGGAGACGGCGAAGAGCUCGACCUGAGGGAGCAGGAGCGGAGCCUCAACCUUCCCGCCAUCGGCCCGAGCUCAGGUACCCGCGAUGCCUACUCCGUGCUCCCCCUGGCCGGCGUUGCGGGGGCGGCGUCCCUGCUGUGGGCCCGCCGCUUCUGAGAGCAACGCUUGGCCGCCUGCUGGAGGGUGCCGCGCCGGCCACAGCAUGAGCGGCGGGCUGCCUCCCAAGCGCACUCUUUAUCUGUGAAGCGGCUCAGCCAAUCCGGGCGCAAUGGAGCGAAGGAAUGUGACGCCACGUGUAAACAAACGAACUCAGUGGUUGCUGCCCAGCCGACCAGAAAGCGAGAUACACGUCUUGGUGGUGGCACGGCGACGUUCCGUCGGGAGGUUUGUUGAUCUAUGUUGAAACUCAGAGGAAUUUAUCGGUGUUUAGAAGAUUCUGAACCUACUGCAGCCAUAUUUGAAUCCUAUCCCUGUGAUCAUGUUCUGUGUGUGUGGUUGGUUGGUUCGCUGCGGCCGAGUGUGUCCACGCCCUUGAUCCCCAACGCUGCUGCUGACUUAACACUUAUAUACAGAUAUUUAACGUUAAGGCGUUGAAUAAUGGCUUCCAGAUAUAUCUAUAUAUGAGAACCCCCUUUAACCCUUCUACCUUCCUUUCCUUUCCUGCCCUCCCCUGGCCCAGAUGCUCCCCUUAGCUAGGCAGUCGGUCCCCCUUACCUUAGCUA